AUGGAAGAUAUUCGCAACUUUUGUUUUAUUGCCCAUGUGGACCAUGGAAAGAGCAGUCUGAGUUCUCGAAUAUUGGAAAUUACGGGUAACAUGGGAAGAGAGAAUCAAAUCGCAGCCUUGCAAACGGCGAAAGGGGAGGAUGAUAAUAAUUCUUUUAACACCGACAAUGGCCAAUCACAAGAAGCUUCAUCAAAAAUAUCCAAACAGAGAGAACAAAUAUCUUUGCUGUACGAUACAUUGCUACAUGUCAUUGAUACCUUAUCAGUUGAACAGGAACGAGGGAUCACUGUCAAGGCCAGCACCGCUAGUCUGCUAUAUCCACAUCCAUCUGCAGUCGGAGAAGAGGGUGUCUUGUUGCUUAAUAUGAUUGACACUCCUGGACACGUGGACUUUGGCCGGGAAGUCGCUCGAUCCUUGUCGUUUGUGCAAGGGGCCAUCUUACUGUUGGAUGCCACUCAAGGCAUUCAAGCCCAAACUUGGACUGUUCACGAAAGAGCCAAAUCGAUGGAGAAUCCACCCGAAUUGAUUCUAGCCAUGACCAAGAUUGAUUUGGAAGCGGCUCGCCCUAUCGAUGUUGCCUUGACAGUAUCGGAAUGGUUAAAUCAUGAUGAUCCGGACUCCAUCAUCCCGACCAGUGCCCGGAGUCGCAUUGGAAUUGUGGAGCUAUUGGAUGCCGUAUGCACUCGGGUUCCACCACCAAAACCGCUGGCCGACGACGAUGGAUCCAUCAUGAGAGCACAGGUUGUGGAUUCGUGGUAUGACGAACGAGGUGUGAAUUGCAUUGUUCAAAUCUUGUCGGGAAAGUUGGAAGAAGGAGAUCGGCUAUCGAUUGUUGCGGCGGAUAGCACGGACAAGCAAAGACAAUCAUAUUCCAUACAAGAAGUGGGCUUAGUACUUCCCAAAUCAAUACGAACAUCGAUUCUUCAGCGAGGUCAAAUGGGGUAUGUCCGAUUUGGAUUGAAGGAUCCAAGACAGGCAGAUCCUGGAACUAUUCUGAUCGAUAGCAAAAACGAAGGAAAGGAGGUCAUUAUUCCCAACCGACAAAACAUGGAUUCUACCAAAUCAGUUCUCUAUGCUUCCGUUCACCCUGAGGAAGAAGAUGGUUUUGAAGAUUUGUGCGAGGCUGUCGAACGACUGGCUCUCAAUGACAAGGGACUAGAAGUAUCGAAGACAGCCGAUAUGGGCUCCAACAGUUCCGAAAGUGGAGGUCCUUUUCUUGGGCCUGGUCUGCGAGUAGGAUUCCAAGGUCUCCUUCAUGUGGAAGUCUUUCGACAACGGCUUACGGAUGAAUUUGGCAUUGAUGCAGUAGUCACUCCACCAAAGGUGCCUUACCAUUUGACCUUCCUACCCACCAAAUCCAACAACAUCACAGAGCCUUAUACCGAAGUGAUAGAAGAUCUCGCCGAGUGGCCAGCAUACGGAACCAAAUUCAAGGUGGAGGAACCGAUGGUUGGCGUAAGGAUAAUGGCACCUGUGGAAUAUACUGGGGCAGUUAUGGAGGUAAUAACAAAGAAAAGAGGUUUGAACCUAGAAAGCACCCCUCUCGACGAAGACACUUGGAUUUUUGAAGCACAAAUGCCGUGGGCAGAAGUUGUUGUCAAUUUUCACGAUAUGCUCAAGAAUGUGACAGCAGGUUACGGAAGUCUCGAUACUUUUGAAGGAAAUCCAUCGCUGAUGGAAGCGAAACUUUCCAAAGUUGAUAUUCAGUUGAACGGGGAAUCGGUUGGUCCAUUGUCAUUUGUUUCCCACACUCCCAACGCACAAAGCGAAGCUCGGAUUGUUUGCAAAAAGUUGCAGGAAGUUCUUCCGAGACAACAGUUUGUGGUGGUUAUCCAAGCAAAAGCAGAUGGCAAAAUCAUUGCAAGUGAACGAAUCCGGGCUUACCGAAAAGAUGUGUUGACAAAAUCUGGCAAAAUGGUUGGUGGAGGUGACAUCUCUCGAAAGAAGAAGCUCUUGGAGAAACAAAAGAAGGGAAAGCAACGGGCUCAGAAGGGUGGAAAAGUCACCCUGAGUCAGGCUGCUUUCAAUAGUGUAAUCUCUCGCUAA